AUGGCUGCCGCCGCGGAGGCAAACUCAGCAGCCGCGCGCGACGUUUUCGGCUCGGAUUUCGGUGAAGCAACCUCAGACGCCGCACUCGCAAACCUCAUCACCUCCUACAAGCGCAAGAGCGAAUACUCAGAUGUUAUAACUCUCCCAAAGUCAUUAGAAGCCGCGUCGAAUCCUACCAAAAGACCGAAAACCCAAGGCUCUAAGAAACAAAAUGGCUCUUCAAACGCCCUAGUCCUGUCGCAACGAAAAGACGGCACCAGUAACUCAGCACAAGCACCUCAGUCUAAUUCAUUAAUACGAAGACCAAACAUGACUCAGUCUCGACCUGAUUGGCAUGCGCCCUGGAAACUUCUACGCGUCAUCUCGGGGCAUCUGGGCUGGGUGCGCUCCCUGGCUGUCGAGCCCAACAACAAAUGGUUCGCCUCGGGAGCUGGCGACCGCACGAUAAAGAUUUGGGAUCUCGCAUCUGGGAAUCUUCGCCUUACACUUACGGGCCACAUCUCCUCUGUCCGUGGCCUCGCCGUCUCCGAUCGCCAUCCGUACCUCUUCUCCUGCGGCGAAGAUAAAAUGGUCAAAUGCUGGGAUCUAGAAACCAACAAAGUAAUAAGACACUACCAUGGACAUCUUUCUGGCGUUUAUAGUCUCUCAUUACACCCCACUCUUGACGUUUUGGUGACUGGUGGCCGCGACGGCGUCGCUCGCGUCUGGGACAUGCGCACGCGCUCCAACAUUCACGUACUGGCUGGUCACAAGCAGACAGUCACGGAUGUAAAAUGCCAAGAAGCCGAUCCCCAGGUCAUCACUGGGUCGCUCGACAGCACGGUGAGGAUGUGGGACCUCGCGGCCGGAAAGACCAUGGGCGUACUGACGAACCACAAAAAAGGCGUGCGCUCGCUGGCCGUACACCCCAAGGAAUUUACCUUUGCGUCCGCCAGUGCGCACAGCAUCAAGCAGUGGCGGUGUCCAAAAGGUGAGUUUAUGCAGGACUUUGGCGGGCACAAUGCCAUUGUAAACACCAUCUCCGUGAACGAGGACAACGUCAUGUUUAGUGGCGGAGACAACGGAAGCGUGCAGUUCUGGGACUGGAAGACGGGCCACUCUUUUCAGAAGACCGAGAGCUUGGCACAGCCGGGUUCUUUGGAUGCAGAGGCGGGCGUCAUGUGCAGCACCUUCGACCGCAGUGGACUGCGAUUACUAGUCGGCGAGGCAGACAAGACGAUCAAGGUGUGGGGACCGGAUCCGAAUGCGACGGAGGAAAGCCAUCCCCUGGAAUGGAAGCCCACCUUGGGCCGAACGAAGUACUGA